AUGGCAGCGGCUCGACGAGUCGGAGUGAAGGUGGCUCUGGUAGCAGGGGAGCCAUCGGGGGACGGUCUGGGUGCAGGGCUGGCUCGUGCGCUGCAGAAGCGCGGCGUCGAAGUGGUGGCCCUCGGCGGACCGCGGAUGGAGGCUGUAACUGGCGUAGCCUCGCCUAUUCCGUUGGACGAAGUUGCGGUUAUGGGCUUUACCGAGGUCAUAUCCGCUCUGCCGCGGCUGCGAUCGCACGUGGCGGCGGCGGCGAGGUGGCUGGCGGAGACCGAGGCCGACAUUGUCGUCACCGUCGACGCCAAGGGCUUUAACAACCGGGUGGUGGCGCGGGCGGCGGAGGAGCUUGUUGCCAGCGGCAGGCCUGUUCCUCCCCGGCUGCAGUACGUGGCGCCGUCGCUGUGGGCGUGGUCAUCUCCGGGGCGUGUUGCUCGCGGCGCCAAAGCCCUAGCGGCGUCGGCUGCCGGCGUGCUCUCGGUCGUCCCCAUGGACGCACCCGUCCUCGCAGCUGCCGUGCCCGACCUUCCGGUCACCUACAUCGGGUACCCGGCAGUGGCCGGCUUGCUUGCGGCGCAGCGGAGCGGUGGUCUCGGAUCAGCGGCAUCUAGGGUGUGGGCCGGGCCGGCGGAGCGCCUCACCAUCGGCAUCUAUCCGGGCUCGCGGCAACAAGAGGUCCGGGUCUUGCUCCCGCUCUUUGCGGGCGUGGCAGGGCGAGUGGCGCGGAGUCUAGGCCUGGAUGCAGCCGACGUGGAUCUUCACAUUGUUGCUGCUACAGAAACCAUCGCGGACCGGGCCAAGGCGUACAUGGGCAAUGAGCCUGGCGUCGAGGUUUUCCGCGCCAGCAUGGCCACUGUGCAUGGUCUCGGUAGUGCAAUGCAGCGCCAGCAUGUGGCUCUGGCAGCUUCCGGCACGGUUGUGCCGCAGCUGGUUGCCAUGGGAACGCCCACCGUUGUCGCCUUUCCCGGCUCGUGGCUCACCGAGCACCUCGCCCGCUGGUUGACCAAGGUCUCGUGGGCUUCGCUUCCCAACAUCCUCUAUCACGAGCACGCGUCGCCAGACGUAGCCAAGAGCAUGGGUGUCGGCGCUGACGCGCCCAUUCCCGAGUUUCUCUUCUCCAGCGCGCUCGAUGCUGACGGCAUCGCCGCGGCCGCCACCCGGCUAUUGGCCGAUGAUGAUGCUCGCGCCGCCCAGCUCGCUGUAUCGUCGCUUACCACACCACUGUUGGACGGCCCCAACUCGCGUGAUCCGUCAGAACUUGCAGCCGACGCCGUGCUUGCGACUGUCGCAGGUGACUCGCGCCUCACACACUGAUCGCACCACAAUAAUCGGCCA